UGUUAAAAAGAAUAUGGCGGCCGUGCGAAAUGCGCUCAAGGUUUAAUGACAGCUCUUUGUCGGAUCGGAUAUUUUAGCAACGAAUUCCUCGAGCUGCAGAACUCCUAACAUGUCAACGUCGUCCGCGCGAUUGACCAGACAGAACGUUAGGAAAACGAGAAAAAAGAAUUUCAAAAGGACUGUCUUUCCCCGUUCUAAUAACCCAGUGGCCCUCCUGGACGAGCCGCCCCUGCCGAGCUAUGCCGCCCUCCCGGGGGGCUCCUCCCCCCACCAGUCGCCUUAUGCCCUGAGGAGGAAGCUGCCCUCCCCCCAGGAGCCGGGGAGCCCAGGAGCCGAGGGGGCCCAGGCCCUCACGCGCAAGAGGCAGAGGAGGGUCUUCUCCUCCAACCACACCACAGACGAGUGUGGGGGCGAGGCUGCCCACUACCUGCUCUACGAGCUUCCCGACGAAGUGCUGCUGAGCGUCUUCUCCUACCUCCUGGAACAGGACCUGUGCAGGGUUGCCCAGGUCUGCAAGCGCUUCCACAUCAUCUCCUCAGACACAGAGCUGUGGAAAACGCUGUACCAGAAUGUGUACGAGUACGAUCUUCCACUGUUCAACCCCUCUCCGACCAAGUUCGAGUUCGCCCAAUCGGAAGACUGCAAGUGCGAGAACCCCUGGAAGGAGAGCUUCAAGCAGCUGUACCGAGGUCUUCACGUUCGCCCAGGGUUCCAGGAACAGUAUGAGAGCAACCCAGACCACUUCAGGGGGAGGAACGUCUCGUACUUUGACACCAUCGAGUCUGCCUUCAACUACUCAGAGGAGCUGGAGAACCCCCUCAUCUUCAUCCAUGCGGGGCUCUACAAGGGGGAGUUCCUCAUCAUAGACACAAACGUUGCCCUGGUGGGCGCAGCUGCGGGCAAUGUGGCGGAGAACGUUGUCCUGGAAAGGGACACAGAGUCCACCAUCACCUUCGUGGAAGGAGCCAGGGAAGCCUACCUGGGACACAUCACCCUCAAGUUCACGCCGGACAUCACGUCUUCUGUGCCCCACCACAAACACUACUGCCUCGAAGUGACGGAGAACUGUUCGCCCACCAUCGACCACUGUAUCAUACGCAGCACAUCUGUCGUGGGUGCAGCGGUCUGCGUUAGUGGGAAAGCAGCAGAGCCUGUGGUCAGGCACUGUGAUAUCAGCGACUGCGAAAACGUCGGACUGUACAUCACAGACUAUGCACAGGGCAUCUACGAGGAGAACGAGAUCAGCCGCAACGCCUUGGCGGGGGUGUGGGUGAAGAAUCAAGCCAACCCCAUCAUGCGCCGAAAUCACAUCCACCACGGCAGAGACGUGGGGGUCUUCACCUUCGACAACGGACUCGGCUACUUCGAGACGAACGACAUCCACGACAACCGCAUCGCGGGGUUCGAGGUGAAGGCGGGGGCCAACCCCACGGUGGUGCGAUGCGAGAUCCACAACGGCCAGACGGGGGGCAUCUACGUGCACGAGAACGGGAGGGGGCAGUUCAUCGAGAACAAGAUCCACUCCAACAACUUCGCUGGGGUCUGGAUCACCUCCCACAGCAACCCCACCAUCAGGAGGAACGAAAUCUACAAUGGCCACCAGGGAGGCGUGUACAUUUUCGGAGAAGGGAGGGGACUCAUAGAGCACAAUAACAUUUACGGCAACGCCUUAGCGGGAAUCCAGAUCCGGACCAACAGCGAUCCCAUUGUCAGGUACAACAAGAUCCAUCACGGUCAGCAUGGGGGUAUCUAUGUGCACGAGAAGGGCCAGGGCCUGAUAGAGGAGAAUGAGGUGUAUGCCAACACCCUGGCAGGUGUCUGGAUAACCACCGGAAGCAUUCCAGUGCUCAGGAGGAAUCGGAUACACAGCGGGAAGCAGGUGGGAGUGUACUUCUACGACAAUGGCCACGGCAGGCUAGAAGACAACGAUAUCUUCAAUCAUCUGUACUCGGGGGUUCAAAUCAGGACGGGCAGCAACCCCAUCAUCUGCCGCAACAAGAUCUGGGGGGGCCAGAACGGGGGCGUGCUGGUGUACAACGGGGGGCUGGGCAUCCUGGAGCAGAACGAGAUCUUCGACAACGCCAUGGCCGGGGUGUGGAUCAAGACAGACUCCAACCCCACCCUGCGCAGGAACAAGAUCUACGACGGGAGGGACGGAGGGGUCUGCAUAUUCAACGGAGGGAAAGGUGUCCUGGAGGAGAACGACAUCUUCCGCAACGCCCAGGCCGGCGUCCUGAUCAGCACCCAGAGCCACCCGGUGCUGCGGCGCAACCGCAUCUUCGACGGGCUGGCGGCAGGGGUGGAGAUCACCAACAACGCCAGCGCCACCCUGGAGUACAACCAGAUCUUCAACAACCGCUUCGGGGGGCUCUGCCUCGCCUCGGGGGUCAACCCCAUACUCAAAGGCAACAGAAUCUUCGAGAACCACAACGCGGUGGAAAAGGCCGUGAACAGCGGCCAAUGCCUGUACAAAAUUUCUAGUUAUACAAGUUUUCCAAUGCACGACUUCUACAGGUGUCGGACGUGCAACACAACCGACAGAAACGCCAUUUGUGUAAAUUGUAUAAAGACUUGCCAUGCUGGACAUGAUGUGGAAUUUAUCAGACACGAUAGGUUCUUCUGCGACUGUGGCGCAGGCACCCUGAGCAACCAGUGCCAACUCCAGGGGGAGCCCACCCAGGACACGGACACCCUGUACGACUCUGCGGCCCCCAUGGAAUCCCACACGCUCAUGGUCAACUAGUCAGGACAUCUAGUCAGUGCGCCCAGAGAACACUUUUAUACACGCACCUCUUUUUAUCACCAGCAUUGUACAUACUCACAUAUCAAUCAUGUCGAUACAAAUUGUAUUUAAGAAAAAAAAAAUGUAAUUAACAAA